GUAACUUCCCGUCCGACGCAGUCAUAGUUAACCUUUAAACUUGGGCCGCUUCCUUUUUCCUCUUCCGGGGACGGCGUCCAUAGGCAUUCAGAAUGGUUCAGCGUUUGACCUACCGUCGUAGGCUGUCCUACAAUACAGCCUCUAACAAAACUAGGCUGUCCCGAACCCCUGGUAAUAGAAUCGUUUACCUUUAUACCAAGAAGGUUGGGAAAGCACCAAAAUCUGCAUGUGGUGUGUGCCCAGGCCGACUUCGAGGAGUUCGUGCUGUGAGACCUAAAGUCCUUAUGAGGUUGUCUAAAACGAAAAAACACGUCAGCAGGGCCUAUGGUGGUUCCAUGUGUGCUAAGUGUGUUCGUGACAGGAUCAAGCGUGCUUUCCUUAUUGAGGAGCAGAAAAUCGUUGUGAAAGUGUUGAAGGCACAAGCACAGAGUCAGAAAGCUAAAUAAAUGAAGCUUUUUUGAGUAAUAAAAAAAAUCGAAAGGCUUGA